GUACGUACGUACGUGCGCGCGCGCCUGAGGACAGUUUUGCAGAGCUGUUAAUGUGAGCGUCUCUCCCCAAACACACAAAUGCUACACACAGAGGCACGCUUUCUGGAUUAGAGGCGAUGCCACCUGCUCCUUCCUCUGCAGAGCUUGAUUCCCAAAGGAUUUCUGAAUGGUUUCCAAAUCCUCUGGAUUAGGAUACAGAGUGAGUUGCGGCCAAGAACAACAAGACAGUGGAACUAACAGCGCUCUGAACUUCAGACACAGACUGGAUCCUCCCUGUAAGGUUUCUGUUGACUGGUGACUGAGGAGCCUCUCCAUCACUUCUCACCAGUUUACCCACACAGGGAUUUACGUUAACCAAUUAGAUGAAAGGAUGCUGCAGGGACCUGACGAGGGACUGAGCCCCACCUGAUCCCCCCUCCCCCUUCCCUUGUCCUCUUCCUGACCCCUGACCUUCUGAGCCCUCAGUGCCGCAGUCCCAUCAUGAACCUGCUUUGCCGUGGGCGCCUAAAGCUGCUGGCGGCAUCACUCACGGCCAUCGUCCUGCUAACCUGGCUCUACCUUCUGGCUGGAAACCUGGAAAAUGGUCGUUCUCUCCUCCUGACUCCCUGUCUGGCGGACACACCGGCUGCCCAGGUCUUAGAGCGGGCUGUCCUCGAGUCAAGGGUUCGUGAGGUGGAGGAGGAGAACCGGCAGAUCCGGCUGCAACUCAGCCAAUCGCAGGGUAUGGCUGGCCAGGUGGCAGAUGGUAACUACGGCAACCAGCAAUGGGGUGCGUCUGCAGACACGGGGCCCGAGGACGGUGACAACACAGCAGAGGAGAAGAACAACCACACAGAGUGUCCUCGCUCACCUACCGUCCAGAAGUGUGAGCUGAUCCAUGUAGCGUGCGUUUGUGCCGGCCAUAAUGCCAGCAGAGAUGUGGUCACGCUGGUCAAGUCCGUCCUCUUUCACAGGAGAAAUCCUCUCCACUUUCAUUUCAUCACUGACACAGUAGCCAAUCGAAUCCUGAGUUCUCUGUUCCGGUCCUGGAUGGUUCCAUCUGUACAAGUCAGCUUCUACGAUGCAGAUGAACUCAAGUCCGAGGUGUCGUGGAUACCUAACAAACACUACUCAGGUAUUUACGGCUUGAUGAAGCUGACGCUAACCAAAGCUUUGCCCUCUGACCUGUCAAAAGUCAUCGUCCUGGACACGGACAUCACCUUCGCUACUGACAUCGCUGAACUCUGGGGCAUUUUUAGGAAGUUCACUGAUAAGCAGGUGAUUGGUUUGGUGGAGAACCAGAGUGACUGGUAUUUGGGCAACUUGUGGAAAAACCACAAACCGUGGCCUGCACUGGGAAGAGGCUUCAAUACAGGUGUCAUUCUUCUCUACUUGGAGAGGCUGCGGCGAAUCAGUUGGGAGCAGAUGUGGCGGCUGACAGCAGAAAGGGAGCUUAUGAGCAUGCUCAGUACAUCACUUGCUGAUCAGGACAUAUUCAAUGCCUUCAUAAAGCAGAACCCAGUACUGGUGCACCAGCUCCCCUGCUUCUGGAACGUUCAGCUGUCUGAUCACACACGCUCUGAGCAGUGCUACACCGAGGUGUCUGACCUCAAGGUGAUCCACUGGAACUCUCCUAAGAAGCUCCGUGUGAAGAACAAACACGUGGAGUUUUUCAGGAACCUCUACCUGACCUUCUUAGAGUAUGAUGGAAACCUGCUGAGACGGGAAUUAUUUGGCUGUCCAAGUCAGGCCAGUCCAGAGAGCGUCCAGCUGCAAAAAGCUCUGGAGGAGCUGGAUGAGGAUGAUCAGUGUUACGACUUCCGCCGAGAACGAUUGACAGUGCACCGAGUUCACCUCUAUUUCCUGCAGUACGACUACACACCCACUGAGGACAACACUGACAUCACUCUGGUGGCCCAGCUCUCGAUGGACAGGUUGCAGAUGCUGGAGGCCAUCUGUAAGCACUGGGAAGGCCCCAUCAGCCUAGCUCUCUACAUGUCUGACGCUGAGGCUCAACAGUUCCUGCGCUACGCCCAGGCCUCUGAGGUCCUCAAGAACCGCAAGAAUGUUGGCUACCACAUUGUCUACAAGGAGGGCCAGUUCUACCCAGUCAACCUGGUGAGGAACGUGGCCCUGAAGAAUGCCAACACACCCUAUGUGUUCCUGACUGAUGUGGACUUCCUGCCAAUGUACGGUCUCUAUGAUUACCUCAGAAAGUCUGUGGUGCAGCUGGACAUGGCUCACACAAAGAAGGCUCUGGUGGUUCCAGCUUUCGAGACUCUUCGCUACCGUCUGUCCUUCCCCAAAUCCAAAGCCGAGCUGCUCUCCAUGCUGGACAUGGGGACACUCUACACCUUCAGGUAUCAUGUGUGGCCAAAGGGUCACGCUCCUACCAACUAUGCUAAAUGGCGAACAGCCACCACAUCUUAUAAGGUGGAAUGGGAGCCAGACUUUGAGCCGUAUGUUGUGGUGAGAAGAGACUGUCCUGAGUACGACCAGCGUUUUGUGGGCUUUGGCUGGAACAAGGUGUCCCAUAUAAUGGAGCUGGAUGCACAGGAGUAUGACUUGAUGGUCCUCCCAAAUGCUUUCAUGAUCCACAUGCCCCAUGCUCCCAGCUUUGACAUCUCCAAAUUUCGCUCCAGCUCCAGCUACCGCAACUGUCUGAACACCCUGAAGGAUGAGUUCCACCAGGAUCUGUCCCGGAAGUAUGGCUCUGCAGCUCUCAAGUACCUCACCGCCCAGAGGAACAUCUAAAAAUUAGACCUGUUAGGAGCGACUCUGUUAGCCUGGAAAGUUCCGACACAUACUGAUGCUGGAGGUGGGAGUGUAUCGUUGCAGAGUGCGGACAUAACGGUAAAGCUUUACAGCCCUUUUGAGCAUCCCCGGGCUCCUGUGCAUUAAUUCUGCAACUCAGAGUGACUGAGGACAAGAUGCAGAGACGAAAACCAAAACCGGACGGCACAGAUGCAGAUUUUUUUUUAAACACAGGCUCUGAAAAAGCUGAAAGGGACAAUAGAUGAGAGUGGAAACUGAUGGGACUAGCUUUAAGGCGAGGAAAUAACAACCAUAUUCUUACAAUUUGUUCUGACAAUCAGGGCUUUUUCAAGAAGACACACAAUGAACCAUUCGGUCUACAUGGAUAUUUGGAUAUUGGUCACGUGGGGCAAAACUUUAAAAGCGAAGAUGACAUUAGAAUCAUAUUUGGGAGGCCGGUCGAACUACAGAAAGAUUUAAGCCUUAUCACUUUCCUGAUAUUUACUAAGAUAUUUAAUAUUUUAUUUUCUUCUUUUUUUCCAGUGCAAAUCGGAACCAAUGAUAGUGAACAUUUGCAUUUACAAUGUUUUGAUUAUGGCUUUACACAAGAAUAUUUUUUUUUCUUUCUAUAUUUUCUGACCUCUUUAAAAGAAAUCCAUCAUGUCCUGAUCAAAUGAUUUCAGUUUAUUUUUUUCUGUGGGCUUCAGGGAUGAGCUGUGUGUGUGCGUGUGUGUGUGUGUUCCAGCUGCAUCAGUGGGCACGUCUUUAACAUGCUUACUGCUUGUUGUCAGCAUCAUGCUUGCUUCUGUCUUGCAUGUAAAAAGUUGCACAACAUGUUCUUUUCAUGUUAGAAAAAUAUGCAUUUUUCUCAAAAUCAUCCAUCCCAUCGGAAACAGAAGAAAUCUAUUAUUGAUGAGACCUGUCAUUAUCAAUUGGGACCAACUCACAAGACCAACACUGACACUUAAUAGUGAGUGAUUAAAAGCUAUUAGCUCUGAAAUGAGAUUGCAGCAAAGCAGGAGCUUCUUUUCUUGUGUUUGUGCCAUUGCAUUUAUAAUAUGUCUGAUUCACUGGAUUAUAUGUGCCAUCUACUGUAUUGUUUUACCCACUAUUCUCUUGUUUCUGUAAAGUCCAGCUGAAAUGACAAAAUUCAUAUCUUUCUGCAGUCAAAGUUCUGAUUAUUAUUUUUUGUAUUAAGUAUAAGAAAUGCCUGCAGAUUGAAGUCUGUUUUCAAAUUAUUUUGAUGCAGGUAGAGUCACAGUCUAAUCAAUUAUCACAGAAAAAAAACAGCUUUUUGAAGAAUUCACUAUCCCAACGUCCUUUUGUGUUUGUACCUUCAUCUGGGAUGCACUCAAACAAUCGCUUCUUCUUACUUUAGCUUAUAAGCAAAGCACACAGUGAACUGACAUAUUUUUCAAGGUAAUUUUUUUAGCUAAACAGCUGACAGACUAACUCAAAUGACAACACAGGGUGUGCUUGAAUUUAGUUUUUUGUAAAAGAGCAAACACAAUUUAAUGAUGGAAAAAAGGAAACACUCAAAUUAUUUUGUCAUUGUAGUGUUCCUUUGUCUCAUUGAUAUGAUAUCAACCAAGGCCUCAGUUACACAGGCCUAGAGACCCAUCAGUGACCCCUGCCACUGCUCACCAGGGCAAAGUGUGUUCCCUGAGCAGUUGGUGAGUGGUGCUGGUGCUGGCUGUUGGUAGGUGAAACUGGAGAAGAGGGUGGUCCACUAGAAACCUCCAUGUGGUCACACACAGUUUUCAUGUAAGAUGCUAAGUUGUCUGCAAACACUAGCUAACUAAACACUGAGUGGUAGUGAAACUUGACAAAGUGCAAUGCAAACCGCCUUCAGAGUGAAAGUUUUUCCUUCCAUUGAAACCAACACCUUGUAAAAGAUGCAACUUUUACUUUAAAGGCAAAUGGUCUCCAUUUGAGGUUUGCAUCACACUCCUCACAGUUUCUCUACCACUUAAUGAGUAGUUGGUCAGUAUUUCCCGACAACUUGGUGUCUUUCAUAUAAACUACAGGUGACCGUGGCAAUUUGCUGGCAACCAAAGGAAUCACAAGGAUGUUUUCAGUGCAGCACUGUGUACCUCUUUGUGACCAGUUUCACCUAGUGACAGCAGUCAGCCUUCAGCAACCAUUUACCAACCAGUAGGGAAAUACUAAUUCUUCCCUAGUGACAAGUGGUUGCUAGGCAAUUGCCAACCAAUCUAUAGGCUUGUGUGACUGGGGCCUAAUUAAUUACAUACUGAAAUCAACAUUUGUCCUAUUUGAAUGGAAGGCCCUAUAUGUCAGCCAAAAAAAGUUGAGUUCAAAACUCAAAAUGAUGCCACGAAAGGCAAGAUUGGAUUAUUCUCUUCUCUGUUUUAUCUUUGAUUUGCAUUAAAAAAAAAAGUUCUGUACUUUGAGGCUUCACAAAUCUGUGGCAAGUCCAGCUGCUUAUAUUUUUUUUCAGUGAAACACAUUUUCUUUGCAGUUUGCUCAGGUGUGUUUGUAUGGGAUUUAUCAAAAUCAGCAAUAGAAAGUGCUUUAGAGAAAUACGUAAUACACACACACACACACACACACACACACACAAUUAUACAGUUAUUUAGGCAGGGGGAAAAUUGAAAAAGAAAUCCUACAUCCAAGGAUAAAUUAUUAAAACAGCUGAUGUAUAAAUUAUAACACACUCAAAUGCAGCAUCAAGAAUGAACUACAGUUUAAUAUUAAAACAAUCUAAAUAUUUUAAUAAAGAAAAUCAUAAGAAAGUUGUAAGAAAACUCAUAGGAAAGCCCACAAGCAGCAAUAUCACAUUUAGUCUUGAAAUGUGUGAUGGGAAAAGUUAGCAGCUUCCUGCCCGAGGAGGCCAGGAUGUAGAAAUGUUUGCCGACAUCUUGUGCUGGUGGUUUGUAAGCAGUCUUUUUUCAGUAAGGACCUGCGGGGUGAUGCGAAGGUCUUGCGGCUCUGCUCUUGAUGCCAAGACAAGAGUACAACCAGUGUAGGGGGAAAAUAUUUGGUAUGGAUCAAACUGCAUAACUUGGUUACAAAUCAGUUACCUUGAAAUCCAUACGAAUACAGCGAGGGUCCAAGACAGUAACGUCAUUGCCAGCUAAAUGAAGUUGUGCACUCACAGGAGGACGGGCACCCUGGUCACUAUUAUGCAGACUCUGGUUGGCUUUUUACUUUUUUAAAGUGGGGAGAAGUGAUGAAGCAUCCACCAUCUGUAUAUACAGUCUGUGAACAGAUCCAGGAGCACACAUACUGGAAUGGAGAAAUACAGAAUUCUUCCCUUUCAUUAAACCUGCAGUUUACAGAACUGAUCUGCACACUGCAGUGAAAUGAUUUAUUUCAGUUGGACUUUAUUCAUCAUGAUUUACUUAUUUUUAUGUGUUUGUUCUGUCCAACAUUUCCAAUCAGCGUAAUAUUAAUAAAUGACCUAUUGGUCAUGUUGCUAUGACAUGUAGCAUUAGUCAUAGAAGGAUCAUUUCUACUGAUUUUUAGUUGUUUUGAAUGUUUUGAAUGAUUAUGUUCAGAUGCAUCCAUGUUUCAGUUUAUGUUCAAGCUGCCCACAGGUUGAUCGUGACGUUUGCAUCCUUCCCUGCAGCACAGGAGAACCGAAAAAUAUCAGGAUGCGCCGUUACAGCUUGUAGCAGCAUCAUGCUUUAGUUUUGUUUGAUCAUUCUCUCUACUUUGCAAAUCUUUUUUUUUUUUUUUUUGUCAUCUCAACCUGCAUUUAGAGGGAGCAAAAAGGCAAGCAGAAAAGACUUCAAACGGAUCUUGUGUAAUUUCCACUACAAAUACGGCAAAAAUAGGAGUUGGGUGCUAAACAUGGGAUCAUAAGCAAUCGUGGAUGUGACAGCUGUUUGGUGAAGACCGAGAGCAAACGGUGCCACGAAGAGCCCUGCUUCCUACCCGCUGCCACCCACACCACCUCUAUUGCCGUGUUGUUGAUUGUGGUAAAUGCUAGUGCCUUUGCUGUAUUGUGAAACUGGAUAUUGAUUGUACUGUUGUACUGACAGGGCCUGGGGAUAGUCAGGCGCUCUAUUUAUUAUUGUUGACUCAAAUCGAUCAUAUUUUUCUAUGUAAGUGCUUUAAAUAAAUUUGCCCUUUUUUUUAAUCA